CCCGGCCAUGCGGACCUUUGGAAGCCGAGCCCAGCCAGAGCUGCGGGGCCGCCUCCAGCCCGCAGCUGCUCCGCACGCAGCCGGGAGAGCGCGGCGGUCGCCAAGGAAACCGGAGAUUGCCGCAGCGAUUGCCAGCCCGGCUGCUGCCGCUCCGGCGGGGCCGGGGAUGAGCUUGGAGUGCCUCUCCAGGGCUCUCCUUGAGACGGGGACACCGCUCCAGCCGCGGGGGGACGGCGCUUUUCCGUCUCCUGCGGCCCCGGCGCUUCAGCGCUUGGCCCCGCACGCACAGCGAGGGCUCUGGAGGAGCUCUCGGCGCUCACGGAGCUCCAGGGGCCGCCGGGCAGGGCCCUGUGCCCGGGGAUUGACACCGGAGAGGGGCAGGGACACCGCGGUGCCGCGGUGGAACCUCACAGCAGCCCUGCAGCGCUCUCCUCCACAGAGCCUCGCCACGGAACCAUGGAAAGGUCUGGCUCGGAAGGGACCUUGGAGGCCGUUCAGUGGCAUCAUGCCCGUGGCCUCUGUGGCAGCUCCACGUCCCCCUGGGGCACCUCUGCAGGUGGGGCCAGGGGACAAUCCCCUCGUGGACAAGGAGCAGCCGGGACACCGAGCCUCGGCCCGGCUCCUCGCAGCUCCUGGGGCAGCUUCAGUGUCCCUGAGCACCGCCGGCGCCACCAGGGCCAGCUCCUGCUGGGGACACAGACCAUUCCCCAGGAUCCGCCCUGGUGAUGGGGAAAACCUCUUCUGCCAGAGCGGCUGGAAAAGCUGCGCGGGGAAACACCUGCAGAGGCCUCGGGGAUCCCACAGGAUGAUGGAGCGCUGA